ACCAGGGAUAANGACUUGAAGUUGGGAAGGUGGAUACAUGUUUAUAUUGAGGAGAAUUUUUUUGUUGGAAGAGAGACACUUUUAGUUUCUUUGAACAAUGCACUUAUACAUAUGUAUGCUAGUUGUGGUGAAAUUCACGAAGCUUAUGAAGUGUUUAGAAAGAUGCGGCGGAGAAGUAUUAUUUCCUGGACAAGUAUAAUAAUGGGAUUUGCAAAGCACGGUUAUGCUAACGAAGCUCUUCUUUUAUUUGAAUGGCUGCAAAAUUUGGGAGCAAAUGAAGCAAGACCUGACGGGACAACCUUGCUUGGGGUUCUGUGGGCUUGUAGCCAUGCUGGUUCUGUUGAUAAGGGGCGCCAAAUUUUUGAGUGUAUGACUCGAAGAUGGGGGAUUGAGCCAAGGAUUGAGCAUUAUGGGUGCAUGAUUGACCUCUUGAGCCGUGCAGGGUUGCUGGGUGAAGCAUGUAGUCUUAUUUAUAGUAUGCCCAUGAAACCAAAUGAUGCUGUGUGGGGUGCUCUCCUUGGUGGUUGCAGAAUUCAUUGCAAUGCGGAGCUUGCCUCUGAUGUGGCACAGAAAUGGGCUAUUGAACUUGAUCCUGACCACGCCGCAGGUUAUCUGGUACUCUUGGCUAAUGUUUAUGCUACUACUAAAAGGUGGCAUGAUGUAGCUGCUGUUAGACAGAAGAUGAUUGAGAUGGGUGUGAGAAAGCCUCCGGGUCGAAGUCGUGUGCAAAUAAAUGGAGUUGUUCAUGAUUUUGUUGCAGGUGACUCGACCCAUAAGCAUGCUUCCUUAAUAUAUAAGAUGCUAGACGAGAUCACCAGGCAAUCUAUGUGGGAAGGCUACAAGCUAGAUGUAUCCGAGUUAUUUUCAGUUGUUGAAGAAUAGGGCACGUAGCAAAAGAAUGUGGUUUUCUUCUCUUUCAAAUCUGCAUUCUGAAGUCUGAACUAUGUGCAGUUACUCAAAUUGUGAAUAUGGUCAUUCCUGCUGAAAGCAUCCGAACAGCUUUUCAAAAUUUUGUCGGACAUUGUUAGUUAGUCAAGUUUUUUCAUCAUGUUAGUAGGAGAAUCCAUCACUGUAGGGAAAAUGACUUGUGGAUCAGUGUUUUAAAAUCUCUAGCUAUAUUUCGAUGCCCCUUUUUUCUUUAGCUAUCACAGAGAUUUAUCAUGUAAUCAUCUAUAAUGCGUGUUUUUUGUGGUUACAUUCAGCUCUUAUAAGAUAGUUCAAACACAAGCAUAACACUUUUUGCCAAA